GAUCGUGUCUAAUUUGCGCCGCCCGCGCACAAUACCUCUUCCAUUCUCAGAGGACUUGAUCUUUCCUGCUUGAGAAAGCUUUCAGUUCCUUCCCUCUCCCCCGCCUUCUUCCUUUCGAAAACAACAGAGUCGACGAUUUCAGGAAAUCAGUGAAGAAAAUGGAUAGCGAGCCAACUCGAGUGAUGGUGGCCGUGAACGAGUCGACGAUCAAAGGCUAUCCACACGCAUCGAUAAGCAGCAAAAAGGCAUUCGAGUGGACAUUGAAGAAGAUCGUUCGGUCCAAUACAUCUGGCUUCAAGAUUCUCUUGCUUCACGCACAAGUUCAGGACGAAGACGGUUUUGAUGACAUGGACAGCAUAUAUGCUUCCCCUGAUGAUUUCCGACAAUUGAGGGAGCGUAACAAGGCAAAAGGACUUCACCUACUUGAGUUUUUCGUUAACAAAUGUCAUGAGAUUGGGGUUGGGUGCGAGGCUUGGAUCAGGAAAGGCGAUCCUACAGAAGUGAUAUGCCAUGAAGUGAGGCGGGUCAGGCCAGAUUUUCUGGUUGUGGGAAGUCGUGGUCUCGGUCCAUUCCAAAAGGUGUUUGUUGGAACUGUGAGUGAAUUUUGUGUGAAGCAUGCAGAAUGCCCAGUCAUCACAAUCAAACGCAGUGCUGAAGAAAGUCCACAAGAUCCAGCUGAUGACUAAACUCCAAAAGCAGUCACACAGACCAUGUGUGUGAUUUGCAGUACAGAAAAAGAAAUAAACAAAACUCUUUCGAUUGGUCUAGUAAGUGCGUCUGUAGUUGUGGUAGAUACUCAGAUGAUUCACACAUCAUAUUUAUAAUUGUGUGCGCAAUGCCUUAGUCUUCAUUCCCCAAAACAUCAAAACAAAAGUUCCAUUAUUCGUUGUGUAAUCCAUCAACUCUUCUAGACCUUUCAUAUAUCCAAUGUGUUCUAUAUUAUUAUCCA